AUGGUUGGUGAGUUAGUGGAGUAUUCUCGAGAAGACGGCGAAGUUCCUUUCAAAAACCCGCAGUCAAAAUCCGAGAAGGUGAUAAACAUCCGGGCCAUUCUCAACGACAUCGAAUCUCUUCUCGACGAAACACUUGGUCACAUUUCUCCCGAGGCUGUUGUUAACCAUGAUGCAUCCGCCGUCGGAGAUCUUCUGGAAGUAAUAACAGGACUUGUGAGUAAAUGCAGGACCACUAAAUCGUCUGAUAAUGAGGAAAAACUCGGUUUUGAAGAGCACCACUCCCCGGAGCUUCCUCGUCGAUCAGGAGUCAACACAGGAAGGAUUUAUUCGACCUCUGUGGUGUCCUCUGAUUUCCCCAUUCAUACAGUGGGAUUUAAUGGGAAACCUUUUAACGAGGCAUACAUUUUGCACGAGGACUUCGCACAUCUUUCCCCACCGAUGACCCCACGUGACCCAGUAGUGGGAGAAAUCGCCGGUGAUCCCUCUCCAACCAGCAUCACGGACUCAGGUGUGGAGACGGCCGCCAUCAAGCCGCGAAUGUGCUCUUCCCCGCGAAUAAUGGAAGCGUGGGAAGAAGAGGCGGAACAUGAAAACACGUUAACAAGUGUUGCAGACACUCUUGAGCGUUCGCACGGGGUCAUGUCGAUCCUUUCCGGGUGUGUUAAAGAAGCCAAGGCCCAAGCUCAGAUUGUGCAUGACCGAGUCCUUGCUACCUAUUCUAACGCAUCCAAGAUAGUGUCGCCCGAGCUGCCGCUGGAAUUGGCUGACCUUCGUCAAUCUUUGGUGCAAUUGAACGUUGUUGUCGAGACAACACUGGAUAAGGUGGAUCGCUUGUCGUCAAAAUUGAGGUUGCCGCCACCUCAAGUAGCAACACCACAACGACGUCACUCCCUCGAUUCGCCGAAAACGACCAUCAAGGAGGAAUUUAGGCGCCUCAAUGAGGAGUGUAAAUACCUUUUGGAUGCCAAAACGAAGCUGAUGGAAGAGAGUCUCAGGUUGUGUGUCCGUCAGCUCUGGUUUCUCGCGAAGCCCCAACCACCUCCUCGUAUCAGCGUUGAUCUGACGCGUCACUCCCUCCCCUAG